ACGGCCAGGGAAGGACGACAGCGUAAAGGCAGCUUUCUAUAUAAAGCACGUGAUUAAAAAUGCUUAGUGUGCAGUAUCGAUGAGCGAUUUGUCACAUUUCACAUCACAGCCCAUCAUAAGAGAUCUGCGCGCGAUCCCUAUGUAUUAAUCGAUAAGUCGCUGGAACUGUUGGAGCGGCGCUCCGCAACUCUUCGUGCACCACAAUGCGCACCCUUUGAAGGCCGCCAUUUCGUUCUGCGGGAGGGGGGCCCUGUUUUUGUUGUUAGGGGAAAAAAAAAAAAAAAAAAAAAAAAGGUAAAAAAGUGGGAGAGAACGAUCCGAGUGAGGAGCUGAAGGAGGCCCGAUCCAGGAGAGCACACAGCGGCAGCCGGAGGAGAAGGCAGCCGAUCCGGGAAGCGCACAGCCGGGGGGAAGGCGCACUGGGACGCGGCGCGGUCAUGGCCAACAUUGCGGUGCAGAGGAUCAAGCGGGAGUUCAAGGAGGUUCUCAAAAGCGAGGAGACUAGUAAAAAUCAGAUAAAGGUGGACCUUGUAGAUGAAAAUUUUACAGAGUUGAAGGGGGAGAUUGCAGGACCACCGGACACGCCAUAUGAAGGUGGUAGAUAUCAGCUGGAAAUUAAGAUCCCAGAAACGUAUCCAUUCAAUCCACCAAAGGUGCGAUUUAUAACCAAGAUAUGGCAUCCAAACAUAAGCUCAGUCACUGGAGCAAUAUGCUUGGAUAUUCUUAAAGACCAGUGGGCAGCUGCCAUGACGCUGCGCACGGUGCUGUUAUCGCUACAGGCACUAUUAGCAGCGGCAGAACCAGACGACCCUCAGGAUGCUGUGGUGGCGAAUCAGUACAAACAGAACCCAGAGAUGUUCAAACAGACAGCGCGGCUGUGGGCACACGUCUAUGCGGGUGCGCCUGUCUCCAGCCCCGAAUACACCCGCAAGAUAGACAAACUCUGUGCUAUGGGUUUCGAUAAGAACGCAGUAAUAGUGGCCUUAUCUUCAAAAUCCUGGGAUGUGGAGACGGCGACAGAGCUGCUUCUCAGCAACUGAGACCAUGGCGGAGGCGGCUUUACGAGGGUUAAACACCCCUACCCCGGGCCCCAGCUAUCCUUUUGCCCCCUCUACUCUCCCACCUCUAGUUUUUCUCUCCCCUCCCCACAUCCUCUGCCAAGCCUUCACCACUCUUUUAUGCUCUUUUUGGUUUGUUUUUACUUUCCAGAGUACCUCGAGUUCCUUUUUAAAGAAACUGAACAGUUCCAAUCACUGUCACAGCAUAAAGCUGUACAGCUGCAAAUGGGGGCGAGAAGGAAGUAGUCUGUAAAUAAAGCUAUUAAAGUCUGUAAAUUUAAAAAAAAAAAAAAAUGGGGAAAUUUUUUUUCUUAUUGUAAAAUGGCUUUAAAUUUCAGCUGUGAUUAUGAAAAAAGGAUCUUACCCUUUACUUUUAUUUAAGAUGUGUCCGAGCGCCAUGACUUGUAAAAGCAUCUGAAAUGUCCCGCUUUGCCCUGCGUUGUGUCCAUGGUGUGGAUUGAAGGAGCCCAUGUCCAGCGUCUGUACUUGUAUGAUGGUUUGCAGCGAGAGCUGCAGUCUGUAGGGGCCACCUCCACCCCCUCCACACCCUUACCACCAGGCAGUUGGGCAGUGCGAUGGGCCCUUCUCAUACCCAAUGGGAAAAAGUUUGUUUUGGCACAAAAAUAUCUUCCCAUUUUUUGCUUUUUUGGAUAAAGUGGUUUAAAAAAAAAAAAAAUCAAUAUCCA